UCUCGGCCUCGUCGUGUUUGGUUGGACCGGCUUGUUGCGGGGAGGAGGGGAAGCUUGUUUGCGGUAGGGGCGGCUGCUCACGUAAGGUAAACUGAGUUCCCCAGAGACUGUCAUCCCGCGGCCUCGGCUUGGGCCCAGCUUCUCUCUCCAGCUGCUGCCACAGCCUGGAGGCGCCUGCCUCCGCCUUCCCGAAUGGUGCUCCUCCUCGCAGGCUACGGCCCAGGAUCCAGACCCCCUUAUCCCCCCUGCCUCGAAGUGGUUUAUCUGCGUCUGCCCCAGUGGACUUCCUGUGACAGGGAGGGAAGAACUUUUGCGCAGACAAGGCUAUAGUUCUAGGAACCACACUGACGCCUUGAAUCUUGGCCUCUAGCAGAGUGUGAGGUUCUACCUGUACCCGCUUAUCCCACCCUGUAAGAGAAACCCUUGUCACCCAGAGCUGGGGAAACCCCAGGCUGGGGCCCUGGUCCCAGCAUGUCAGUGCUGUCUUGUGCAUAGUGUGUCCCCUCUCCCUGUCAGCAUGGCUGAGCUCAGGCAGGUUCCAGGGGGGCGGGAGACCCCGCAGGGGGAGCUCCAGCCUGAAGUUGUUGAGGAUGAAGUCCCUCAGAGUCCAGUUGCAGAGGAGCCCAGAGGAGGUGGAAACAACAGCAGUGAGGCCAAAUUGUCUCCAAGAGAGGAGGAAGAACUGGAUCCUAGAAUACAGGAGGAACUGGAGCAUCUCAACCAGGCCAGCGAGGAGAUCAACCAGGUGGAGUUGCAGCUGGAUGAGGCCAGAACCACUUAUCGGAGGAUCCUGCAGGAGUCGGCAAGGAAGCUUAACACACAGGGCUCCCAGUUGGGGAGCUGCAUUGAGAAGGCCCGGCCCUACUAUGAGGCUCGGCGACUGGCUAAGGAGGCCCAGCAGGAGACACAGAAGGCAGCACUGCGGUACGAACGGGCUGUGAGCAUGCACAAUGCUGCCCGGGAGAUGGUGUUUGUGGCCGAGCAGGGCGUCAUGGCGGACAAGAACCGGCUGGACCCCACUUGGCAGGAGAUGCUCAACCAUGCCACCUGCAAGGUGAACGAGGCGGAGGAGGAGCGGCUUCGUGGCGAGCGGGAGCACCAGCGGGUGACACGGUUGUGCCAACAGGCUGAAGCUCGGGUCCAAUCCCUGCAGAAGACCCUUCGGCGGGCCAUUGGCAAGAGCCGGCCCUACUUUGAGCUCAAGGCCCAAUUCAGCCAAAUCCUGGAGGAGCACAAGGCCAAGGUGACGGAGUUGGAGCAACAAGUCGCCCAAGCCAAGACUCGCUACUCCGUCGCGCUGCGCAACCUGGAGCAGAUCAGCGAACAGAUUCAUGCCCGGCGCAGGGGCCUUCCCCCUCACCCCCUGGGCCAGCGGCGCUCUUCCCCAGUAGGGGCUGAGGCCGGGCCUGAUGGAGGCGAGGAUGGGGAUAGUGGCAUCAUCGAGGGAGCUGAGGGUGGGGUGCUGGAGGAAGGGAGUAGCCUGGGACCAGGUCCAGCACCUGACACGGACACACUGAGCCUACUGAGCCUGCGCACUGUGGCCUCGGACUUGCAGAAGUGCGACUCAGUGGAGCAUCUGCGGGGCCUCUCUGACCACGCCAGUCUGGACGGCCAGGAGCUUGGUUCCCAGAUCGGGGGCCGCCGGGGUAGUGACAGUGGGGGCCGUGGAGGCCGCCACCAGCGCAGUGUUAGCCUGUAGCCCUAUGAUUCGGGAUGCUGGUUUGUCUUACCUCCACUGGCUCUUGUAGGGCGGUGCAGAUGCUAGGCUCCCACUCCUCAGGUCUUUGUUUCCCUCAGAGAGGUCACAUCGCACCCCUUCAGAGGUCUUCUGACUCACAUCUUUGCUUCUCCUGCUGGCUCUGCAUAGUCUGUCUGAUACCCUUUGCUGUCCUUUCUCUGGUUUUUAUCCUUUGAUCUAUCUGACUUCCCCCCCUCAGGGAACUUGGUUCAGAAGCCACAGGGAGACCUUUGGAGAAGGUGGGUGCUCAGCCUGAGUCCCUGCAUCUCAGCCUCAGCCUGACCAUCCUUCUCAUAGUCCCCUCCCAUCUCACCUCUUGGUUCCUGAGGGGCUGCUAUGGAUGCUGCUAAGCCCUCCUGGCACCCUGUUCCCCUGUCGUGUGUCCUAGCUAUCCUGCGUGUAACCUGUAAGGCUCUCUGUGGGUUGUGUGCCUCUGGAAGACACUGCUCCUCCUGUACUUUUCAGCGCUUACUCCUCAUGAUCUAAGCCACUCUCCUUUGUGUGCCCCAGAGCAGGACUUGAAGGGUGCUGGCGUCAGGGUAGUUGAAACCCAACCCUAGCGUCAACAUAGGGGAGGCUACCCACUCUGAGCAAGCUCCCAUGUGGGUAGUGUGUGCCAAGGUGCUAGUCGGUCUCUAACUGGUUUCACUUUGGGUGGAGAUGAAAUGAAUCCUCCUGGUUAAAGUCUCCUCCAUUCCUGUAUGGAAUUAGGUUUACCUUUUUUCUGGGUAGAGGAUGCUGAGUUGAAUCGCAGCUCCCUCUCUUAGGGUGGAGUUAGGGAAUUUGGUGCUCAACUGCUCUCUGUACCCCAAACCAAACAAUACCUACUCCGGGAUCCCUUGGGGUAUGCUCAGCUUUGGUGUCUGAGCCUUCCCUGAUGCAGGGAAGUGUUGGUUAGGCUGAGGGGAACUGCCUUCCACAGAGAACAGCUCCAGGUAUCUGGUGGCGCUGCCCCCCAGGUGGGAAGUCACAUUGGACCGGGAUACCUCUGUUGGACAUAUCCUUCUGUUCUACCCCAGUCAGGCUGAGAGCUGGACUCUGGCAGAAGAGCUCCUUCCUAGCCUGAGUGUCGCUGCCACCCGACUGGGAGAGGCAUGGGCCUUCUCAUGAGGGUGUUUCCUUGUCUUGGGGUGUGGGCAGGGUGGUCACAAUGAGAACCUCUGGGUUUGAGGUGGCCAGAGGUAGAGGGAAGAAAGCGUGCAUGCAUGUGCCAGUGUGUGUGUGGGAAAGGGUCUGCCUCUAAUUUUAUUUAAAAUAAAAUAGUUUAUGUAACAGUAAAGUUCACUGUCCCUGUCAGGGGAGGGAGGAGGAGAAGGGGACAAGGAUGGGCUGGGGGAAGGGCAGGGUGAUAUGGAAGCCUGUCUUGGUGGGGUGUCAGGGGUGGCUUCUGGAGGUGAACCUAGGCUGUGUGAGAAAGGAAGGUUCAUGGCUGAGGGGCCGGAGAUCAAGGCCAAUUGUAGGCUGCAUGAGAGGUGGUACCCUGCUGUGCUGUGUGGUUGAGCUGGUGAUGGGUGUAUAUGGGGGUGGUCUCUGGCCAUGGAGGGGUCUUCAGGGUGGAGAGGAGUUUAUCAGUGACAUUGUGGUCCAAAUGAGAGAUGAGGAUGCUGGAAGAGUAUGUUCUGGACUGUUCACCAUGAGCAUGAAGGAAGGGAGGGACAAAAACGGGGUUAUGGGAUUUAGCAACUGUUGGGACGUCUCUGUUAAACUUGAAUUUCAGAUAGACGAGUAGUUUUUGCCUCUUACAAUGCUGAGGCUAUCCUUGACUGAGUUACUCAUUUGUGUAUCUGAAGUUAAAACUUAACAUCGAUGUAAGAGGACUCCUGAGUCAGGGAUUGACCUGAUGUAGACAGGAGGGUUUGAGCAUUUGGACUCAGCCUGUGAAAUAGCUUCAGGGGAGGGUUGAGACCUUAAUGAGUCAUGAAAGUGGUGAGCUGGAAAGUGAAGACUUUGGAUGGAGCUGUAUAAGGCGUAUUGGAGCUUGGUGUGAGAGGACCAGCCAAAGGAUGGAGUAGGUGCUCCCAGGAAGUGGGGAAACCUUGUGAGAAGAGUGUCUUGAAGGCCCAGGAGGGCAGGGUGGUAGAGCAGUGAAAUUGGUAAGACCAACAUACCAGAAUGUCCCAUCUUGAGCCACUGCGUCCUGAGCACACUUCUCAGGGCUGGGAUUGCCUUUCCGAACCUGGCUUCUGACUUUAAGAGGAAGAUAAGUGUGAUAAAGCAGAUGAGUGCCAAAAUGUUACCUGUAUCACUGGAAAAGCGUGGCCUAGGUCUUCAGGUGAGUGGGUUUCUGAGCUGACACCCCGGGGUCACACAUCCUACCCUGGAAGUUCAGGACCUGUAAGACUCUGGGGUGUAGGAACCCCAGAAAAAAGGGUGGGUGUGCCUACUCAGUUUCUCCUUGCAAAGCAACCUACCAGAUAAGCACCUGGAGGGUUAGGUAUAAUGGCUCUUCUGUGUGGAAGAAAAUACCCAAAGCAAGGGUGACUCCUCCCAGGCUCCUCUUCCCUGUCCCCUCUUACUCAGUGUGUCUUGACACAGGCAUGUGCACUUAACUGUUUUUAUCGCCACAACACCAUUACCUUCCCACAUUGCCUUUCUGCAGGUGGGAAUCCAGAUAUAGUGGGCUUGCCCAUUCUGCAUUUCUGCUUUUACCAUUUGAAUCUAGAGUUCAGACUUAAGCCCUUGAGUGAAGUAAAAUAAUCAGGGCAAUAAAAACUGACUAAAGAGGGUUGCAGUCAAGGUCGUGUCUAGAAGGUUUAAGAAAGAACAGGGAGCUUUGAUUUCACAAGAACUAGAGUUGAGAAAGUAAAGAGAGUGGGUAUAGUCACCUCUUAAGUUUUACUGGAAAGGAAGUGAAGUAUUAAGAGGAUCAAAUGAUUUUGUUAUAAAGUGAGCAUGAAAUGGUCAGGUUGUGGGGUACAUGGAGUUCUGACCUAUGUCCCCAAAUAAGCAACUGGCCGCAUUGUCCCUGGUACCCAGGAGCCUAAUAGAUUCUCAGUAAAUACCUUCACAUCUCCAUUUUACCAGGUACUUAGUAUCAUGACUUAGGAGGUCAGGUUCACUAGCUAUAGUCCUAAUAUAUUUUCAUACUUCCAAGUGGGAGUUCUUGAAUUUUUUAUCUCAGUCUUGUAAAAUGAGCAAGUCCUGGUGUACCUAUCACUAUACCAGGGCAUUGUUACCACUUCUCUGCAGCUUCUGGAUGCAGUGACCUCCUACAGAGGUCGCUUUCUAGUUGUGCUUGACAAGAAUGAUCUUCAUAGAAGACCUUACUGAGUAUUGGGUUUCUCGCUCUGAUUUUUGACAGGCCUAAGGUUAUUCUUUGUCUGCUUCUGUAGGCACCCUUCCCUGGGGAGCCUGAUUUCCUGGCUCUACCAGCAAGGUCAGUAGCCAUCGGGGAGCAAUCGGACAGCAGCCUGGGUCUGCUGCACCCUGUUAGUUAAAGAGUUUAUCCCGCAAGAUCAGCCUGGGAGACAGGUCAUGGUGGGGUGGAAAGUGGUUGAACCCCAUUCCCUCCAUGGGCCUCUUGGCAUCUGUGGCUUGUUCUUGGAAUCACCCCACUCUGUAAUAUGCUAGACCAGGUGUGUGGACAAUGCCUGUCACUGGAGAUCAUAUAAUGAUCUCCACAAGCAGUGUCCACUGCUUGUGUCUGUACUCAGAAUUCACCUUUCUGAUCAUCUGUAGUGUCCUCUACCACUCCUUAACGUCCUUGCAUAUUCUCUUGGGAUAUUCCUUUGGCUUUCCCCCUUCACCAUUCCUGAACCCCAGGCUACCACACUACUUUCUCUGAACGUAGGGAACCAAGGGACCAUUUCACUGGCUGGAAAAUGGAUGUGUGUAGUUUACAUAGUAGUUUGCACCAGGGUCUUUCAGAGUACAAACACUGGCAUGCGUUGUUAGGAACACCAGAAAGUGUGAUAAACCGUGGGUGGGGUAUCCAAGUAAAGAACAGUACAAAUAGGUAGCGGGUGAUUCAGGGCAGUAAAAAACAUGACUGGUCAAAGAAGUUACUGGAAGCUUAGGGAAGAAUAGGAGGCUUUGAGCAGGGAACCAUUCUCUGAAGCUCUGAAAUAGGCCCCCCUACCCCUGGCCACAGACUGGAAGCCCCCCUUCUCCACUCUGGUGGUCUUACCCCAUGCGUCACUCUUCUGAAGUCCGAGCUCCUGCCAGGGCCUAUGUCUCAUCUUGGUGUACUCGGGGCCUGGCUUGGGCCUGGCUUAAGGUGUUCUCCAUAAACAUCUGCCCAAUGACUUGCUUAUAUUUGUGCCAUUCUUGGCACAGAUUUCACCCUUAUCAACCCACCAGUCUUCUGCCUGCCUCUUGUGGACUUUUUGACUAAACAUCUUUAUGUGUUUCUCAUCUCCCCACCCAGGCCUGAAUAAAUGCACCCCACUGAAGUUCCUCAAGGCUCUUACUGUUGGACUAAACCAGCGUCACCCCUGGUUUUAGCCCUUACUCUGUCUCACUCAACUCUUAACAUAGUACAGUAGACAAUAUGUGGCAUUGUUACAGGGCAUCAACCCCAAAGAGGGGGGUCUGUUGCCCACUAAGGAAAGACUUCAUCAGAGAGCCCUAGUUGUAGUUGAACCAGGCAAUGCUUUAUUAGAGAGACUCAUGCAUGAGUAUUGGGAAAGGAGAUAAAGCCUGGCUCUUUGGGAGUUAGGAGAGAUUUAAAGAGGCAGGAGGAGGAGGGCAGCAACAUGGCUUGUUCUGGGAUGGGCUACCCAGGAAUCUGCAGAUGGGUUACAUUCCAGCUGCCCAUGUGUCCUCUCAGCCUCCUACCUCCAGGAAAUUGCAAGGUCACUGUUGGUCAGAAUCUAAUACUUAACCUAUUGUGGCCCCUGAUGGUCAGUGGGGUGGGCCAGGACUAGUUCCUCCAAGUUUUAGUCCACUUGCUCAAACAGGACUUGGGGCAACUCAUCCUAUUAGCUCAAUGUUUGUUUGUUUUUUUCCCUUGGCUGUCUCAGAAUUGCCAUUUGUCAUAUAUGGUCUAUCCUGGGCCACUUGAAUAUGAAUGGGACAGCUGUAACCCAGGGCUGAAAAGCGCUGAACAUCUUACAAGAGGGCUGUCCUUGACUUGCCUGUGCCAUAGGGGCCAUGUGCCCUUCGGCAUGUCACUCAGUUCUUCUGGACCUGGUGUUCCAGCCUGCAAGGAUGGGUUCUGGUCUAGGUAGAUAAGCUCUCAGUGGUAUUUAAGGUUAUCUAGUUAUCUAAAGCACUAAGGUGAUUCAGUGGAGGAGUUGGGGUCUGUGAGAGGUGCUUUGAUGGACAAUGUGAGGUGGUGGAUGUAUUUGCAGAUAGUGUCUGGGGUCAGAGCCUGAGAAAUCCACUCCAGAAUUGGUUAGGGCCCAGACCAGAGGCAGGGAGUAUUGCUUGAAUGUGAGGUGAUAACCAGCCACUGUGGUCAAGGAAAUUGGGGAUAUUCUUCCCCAUGGCAGCCAGGUGGCAUUCACCACACUGGGGAUAAACCAGCUGACUUAUUGAAUGGAGUGGGGAGGGUGUCAAAAUUUGUGUUUUCACUAUUUAGGAUAGAGAAACAUUUUGAUAGAGAAUACAAUGGAGACCAGUCAUGGAAUUUAGCAGAAGAUAAACAACUCCCUCAGCUGCUGUUUCAUCUCACAUGCUCUUUGAGCUCACGCCCUGUCCCUUUUCCUCCCUCCUUAAGAUUUCUGUGGCCAACACCAAAAUGGAGGGCCUGCUUCACGCCACAUAGCAGGACAUUUAAAUUGUUCUAGUGUCUCCUCCAGAGGCAAGGCAGGAAAUCUUACAGAGGUUGGGGAGAGAGAGGAUGGAAGGAAUUAUGAGAGCAGCUGGCAUGGAGGAAUUACUGAUGGGAGGUUCUUGGAGUGGUGCUGACACAGGUUGCUGCUAUUUAGGAGAGAAUGAAGCCCUCACAUAACAUCACUUUCUUUUAACCUCAAUGUGGCUACUGCAAUAACAUCUCCUUGCAAAGGAGAAAGUAUCUUCAUCUCUCUUCCUCCACAGUGCCAUUCCUCUGUACCCCAGGUGGGGAGUGUACAGCCCCUGCUUCCAUACAUUUGGCAUUCCUCCAGCUGAUUUUUCACUCACACUAUCCCUCACCCCAUACACUUUGGGUAGGAUUUCCAAGACCUCAGAUCACACACCCCUCUUUUGUCCCUUAAAUAGUUGCAUUUAGCAGACUGCUAAGUGGAAGAGACCUGUCAAUAAUGACGGAAAGGAGCCUUCAGGUGAGCUAAUGACCUUGGAUAUACUUUUUUUUUCUUCCUGAAUUGAGUUAGUUUUUUAAGAAAUGUGUUUUGAAAAUAUCCAGAGAGAAGGUAACCAUCAAAAAAAGGGAGAAUUGGGAAGACAGGCAAACUGAUCUGGAAGGGGGAUGAAAUACAGUUUUCAAGUUUCAAAUACAGGUUUCAAGAAAAACCACUAGAAUUGAAAGUGACAGAAAUGGAGCUGCAAAGGAAGAGAGACCUGAAGAUACAUGUACUGAGCUGAAGGUCAGAGAUAAGAGAAAGAAGAAGAAGAAAAAAAACCUAGAUGACUGAGCCAGAACCAGAAAUAUUGGUCAGAAGUGCCUGUGCUCACUGACUGAGCACAGGUAGAUUUUUGGCCCUCCAUGUCUUGACCUGCCUCAGCAUUCCUAAUUUUGGGGCCUUCCUAGGACAUUCUGCAGCCUUCUGCCUGGACAGAGAUUGAUGGCUUCUUUCAUGGGGAAACCAUUGGCAAAUCUUUUCAGACAUACUCCACCCUCUGUUGGCUUCAAUAGUAUUUGAUAUCUAGUAAUAGUGUGCAGAUUGAGGGUUAUUACCCUGGACCUCCAACCUAGGAUUCUUUGCUAUCUGUCACAUAAAGAUAAAUUGUAUUCUUUGUGUGAAAGAACUUUAAUAGGAUUGGUGUGCAUCAUGAAGAAAGGGUGGUAAUAGUUUUCCAAUAAAACACCCAAAGUUACCUACCCCCUUGUAGCUAAUGCCCAGCCAAACAGGGCUAGCCCAAAGUGGGGCCACUGAAAUCUGGCCAUUUACCACAAGUCUAAGGCACCCUCUGGAGAGGAACUAUAGGAAGGGAAAGAAAUGGGCCGUGCAAGUCUGGGGCAAAAGGAGUAAAUUUAAAGUACAAAUCAAGAUAUUGGCUGCCAUUUUCAGCCUCCCCUUGUAUUACCCACAUCGUCCAAUUGUCUCUGUCUACAUCCAUGUCUCCCAAGUUCCUAGUGCAAGUCUAAAGCCCAAAAAUGAGUGCUCCUUUCUUCACAUGUCUCCCUCCUGUCCCUCCAAUUCCUCUUCUCCAAGUCGUCUUUAACUUCCCCUGCUCACUCAGCCCUAUCUUUCAUUAGGUGGGACAGGGAACAUGUAACCUCUCCAUUUUGUGGGCAUUCCUCUCAAACGAUAGGAAACCAGAUGCAGUGAAGGCCCAUGGAGGGCACAGGGUAAAAGAGUUGUCAGGUUCCAUGGAGGGCACAGGGUAAAAGGGUUGCCUUCCCAGGCAAUUCUUGAAUUUCUUGGAAGUAGCUAUUCCAGGUAGAAAAGGAACCCAGGCUGUUGUUGGGGAAGGAGAAGAGAGAUGUGCCUGAGGACAUACCUGAGGGUCCCUCUGUAGUUUGGCAUCACAAAUCCCAUGAGGAUUUGUUUGCCUGAAAUUCAGCCAAAGCUGAACCAGUCACUCUUUUCUUGAGGACUUGUGGGUUCUAAGAAUUUUAAUUGCUUCUUUGUAAGGCAUGCUUUUUCAGUUAUAGACAUAAAAAUCCUACAGUAAUGUGAAGCAAAUGAAAUGUUUUUCACCCACUCUUCAUCUUAAACAUGGCUAAAUAGAACGUAUUACUAAGAGAUACUAUCCCAGAGAGAAUUUUUCUAGAACCCUGUUUCCUAAAAUGUAUUCUCUAGACCAGCAACAUAACGAUCACCCAGAACUUACUAUGAAUGCACACUCUCAGGCAUUACUCACCGCAGAAGUACUGGUUCACAAAGUCUGGAGUUGACACCCGGCAUUUGUUCUGCAAGACCUCCAGAUGAUUCUGGUGCUCAGUGAAGUAUGAGAACAAGCAGAAAGAGAGGAUGAGGCAACCGCAUAUGGGGUUCCUAAGACUUGUCACUUCACUUACCUUUUAUUGGCCAAAGCAGGUCACCUGGCCUAACUUCUAACCAGUGGAAAGUACAGCUUUACCAUGUGCCCUGGAGGAAAGGUCUGGGGUAUUUUGUUCUAUAGAUAGGAAAAAAACAAAGGCCAUGAAUACUUACCAGUGGUGGUGCUCUAUUUUCAGAAUGCAUGUCUAAAAAACAGGGCCUUCGGACUAUAAACACAGUACUAUUACCACUUUUGUUUCAUCUUAUUAAAAAACAAUUUACAUAUUUAGAGAUCUUAUUGACAUUAUCAAUUGAUUCUAGAUUCCAAAACAGUUUACACAAAAUGAAGGGUAUUUAUAGAAAUAAAGUACCAAGAGGUAUUUAGCAAAAGGUUAAUUCAGGUAAAGCUACUUUCUCUCAGGGGAAGGAGG